GGUGCAACUUGGUCGUGAACACAAACCCUGCACAGUGGGAGCCUGUCCGGUAGUGCCAGAACGACGGAUCGUAACUGUUGUUCAGUAUUUAAGCGGUCGCGUUCUGAUGAAGGUCAGUAGAUCACUGGCAACGAUUUGGAGUGGAGCAUCUCGGCUAGGGGCAGUGAUUGUAGCUGAAAGAAAGUAUCCGGCUUCCAAAAAUGGAUCAUUGAUUGUGCCCUCACUUCACUGCAGCGCAACACGUUUUGUGGUGUCGUUAUUGUUGAGUAGUUUUUUUUUAUAGUUUUGUUGAAUUGUUCUUUUAGAACACAAUAGUAAUAGUGCUACUGCGAAUAUGCGUUCUUCAACGGCAAUGAACAGCUGGCGAUUAGGGUUAAGUGGGUUAUUGUGCGCUCUUAUCUGUGAUAUUGGUGGUGUGAAUGGGGCAGCGUUUAAAUCACCUAACAGCGAUGACCCCCUCUUCUGGCGCCGUCAUGCUGAAUCGCAUCUGAAAAGAGUUCUCCAGUAUGACGCCAACCGGGGUGGCACAGGGGUGGCGAAAAACGUGAUUAUCUUCGUGGGAGAUGGAAUGGGCAUCGCUUCGCUGUCCACCGGUCGCAUCUACAAGGGACAGCUGGCGGGCCACUCGGGUGAAGAGGAGACGCUCAGUUUCGAUCACUUCCCGAAUACGGGCUUCUCGAAGACCUACACCACCGACCGACAGGUGCCGGAUUCGGCCGGUACGGCUACCGCCAUGUUCACUGGGGUGAAGACUAAAAACGCGGUGAUUGGGGUGGACAACACGGUGACGGAGACCAGCGAGGCUGCGGCCACGGUGAGUAACAUUAUGGAGUGGGCCCAAGAGGCUGGCAAGCGGACUGGGAUCGUUACAACGACGAGGGUUACGCAUGCGACGCCCGCAGCGGCAUUCGCGCAUUCUUUCAACAGGAACUGGGAGUGUGAGGUCAAGAUUCCGAUGCAUCUCAGGAACAAAACGAAGGAUAUUGCGAGGCAGUUGGUGGAAGAUAGCACGGGGAGGAAACUUAAUGUGAUUAUGGGUGGUGGUCGAAGUGCGUUUGGGGCUGCGAUUCCCGAUCACCUGAAGGUUCGGUUGCAGUUCAACGGGGCUAUGGAGAAGCCUUGCGUGCGGCAGGAUGGGCGAGAUCUUGUGAAGGUUUGGUUGGACAAUAAAAACGGUUCGGCGGCGGAGUAUGUGUGGAACACUGCUCAGUUAAUGAACGCUGCCGUUGAUGAACUGGACUAUUUGUUUGGCCUGUUCGCUGAUGAGCAUUUGUCUUAUGAACGAGUGCGCGACACGAGUAGCGAUGGGGAACCUUCGCUUUCCGAAAUGACCGAGAAGGCUAUACGAAUGUUGAGGAGGAAAAACUCGAACGGAUUUGUGCUGAUGGUCGAGGGAGGUAGAAUAGAUCAUGCCCAUCAUCAAAAUCAUGCCCAUUUGGCGCUGAUGGAAGUUGUUGAAUUCGAUCGAGCCAUUGAAAAAGCGCUCGGAAUGGUAGAUUUGGAGGAAACCCUCAUCAUAGUCACGGCUGAUCAUUCACAUGCAAUGACCUUCAAUGGAUAUCCGGACAGAGGAAAUGAUAUCUUAGGUUUAGGAAACCGUCCGGAUAAACCACCCUAUGAAACGAUCACCUACGCAAAUGGACCCGGUUUCAAGGCUCAUCGUGGCAACGUCAGCUUGGAAGAACCCCUGAGUGACGGUGUUUGGAUCCCAGUGGAAAAAAUGGAUCGUUCUGCGAUCGAUUAUCGACAUUUGGCUGCCAUUCCGCUGGAUGAUGAAACCCACGGCGGUGAGGAUGUGGCGGUGUUUGCUGCUGGACCCGGUUCCGAGCUGAUCAGGGGGACUUUCGAGCAGAACUAUAUCGGCUAUGUGAUGAGUUACGCAGGAUGUAUAGGACCGGCCAAAACACUCAACAGAGCUUGUUUGGGUAGAAAGAUAUCCAAAUCUGGGACGACAUCAACAUACCGACUCAGUAUCAUUCCUCAACUGUUGAUCAGUAUUUUGGUAACAAAGUUGUGCUUUAGUUUGUAGUCAAAAUCAGUUCGAUAUUAAGGUUAUACAGCUUUAUCUGUAAAGAAUUCCUCCUUUUAAGUAAUCAUAAGUCAAAAUAAAAAGUACGAGAUAUGAAA